UGCUCUUUCUUUCUCGCUUAAGGUUCAUAGAAACUUUUAGCGCAGAGAGAGAGAGAGAGAGAGUGACCAAGAUGACGUUAAAGACAAUGUCCUCAGCCAAAAGCACCGGCGGUGAAGAAAAGAACACCGCCGCGAUGGCCACCAUGGGCGGUGUUUCGGUUUCGAGGAGUGCUGCUGCUGCGUCUUCAUCACUGUCGCCCUCAUCCUGUGCUGCUAGUAGCAGCGAUGAAGCACCGACGCGGUCGAGCUGUUGUUGCCUCACGAAGCUUGCGGUGAAGCUGAAGAAGUGGAACAAGAUGUUGCUGCGCCACAACAAUAAGAACAGGCAGAGCUCGUUCCAGUGCUUGUAUGAUCCGCUGAGCUAUUCUCUCAACUUUGAUGGGAGUGGUAAGGGAAGCGUGUUGAAUCAGGAAGACGAAGAUUAUUACCGGUUCUAUGCUUUUUCAUCGAGGUUUGUAAUGGCGAACUCGAGAAGCAUCGCCGCGAACCCGAGACAGAUUGCCAUUUCUCACUAGUCUAGGCUCUCGAAGAUCCAAGUUUUGCUUUACGCCUUCCCCCCAUUCCUUUUUCUUUCUUUUAUUUUAUUUUUUUCUUUUUGGUAUUCCCGUUUACAUUUUCUGGCCAUGUUUGUAUUUUGACAGUGCAAUGGUCAAUGACUAGUUGGAAAA